AUGGAACCGGACGCUGGCACCCGUUAUCCCUCGCCGUCGCCCACCUCGACCUCGGGAACGCAAUCGCCCAUCAAGUUGGGUGACGCCGUCGACGACAGUCCUAGGCCUGCCAAGAAGAGACGAAUCACGCCGCCCCGCGAGCGCAUCACCACGUACCUCAACUUGAUGAAGUCGCAUGACGAAUUCAGCCACGAAGACAACUUUCACAUGGAGAGAUUGCUCAAUGCGCUGCGCAGGAAGAAGAAGAUUGUCGUGGUGGCCGGUGCUGGUAUUUCCGUCUCGGCUGGCAUUCCCGACUUUCGUUCGUCGACUGGACUCUUUGCGACCCAACGCAACCAGCACAAGCUCAAGGCCUCGGGCAAGCACCUGUUUGAUGCAUCCGUCUACAAACACGAGUCGUCCACGUCGUCAUUUCACACCAUGGUCCGGGAAAUGAGUGACAUGACCAAGAAUGCCCAACCCACGCCUUUCCAUCACCUCCUCGCUUCCUUGGCUCAAGAAGGCCGUUUACUGCGGCUCUACUCCCAAAACAUCGACUGCAUCGACACGUCAAUGAAGCCUCUGCACACCCAGAUCCCACUCGAGCCAAAAGCCCCCUGGCCAACUACUAUUCAGCUGCAUGGAAGCCUGGACAAGAUGGUGUGCACCAAGUGCGGCGACAUCCAGCCCUUCAAGGGCGACAUUUUCGACGGGCCCGAGGCCCCUCUCUGUGAAUCUUGUAGAAAUCUUGAUGAAGUGCGUACGGCUCACGCAGGCAAGCGGAGCCAUGGAAUUGGACGUCUGAGGCCGCGAUUUGUGCUGUACAACGAGUUCAACCCCGACGAGGACGCCAUCGGCAAUGUUAUGCGAGCAGACCUGAGGGCUCGACCGGAUGCAGUUUUGGUGGUGGGCACGACACUCAAAGUGCCGGGGACACGACGGCUUGUGAAGCAGUUGUGCCAGGUUGCGCGAGGUCGCAAAGAUGGUCUCACCGCCUGGCUCAACAUAGACUCGGAGCCAAAGAUUCCCGAUUUCAAGGACUGCUGGGAUCUCGUCGUCAAGUCCACGUGCGACAAUAUUGCCAGAUUGGUGUCUCUGCCGCCGUGGGAUUGCGAGAUUGGGAACGACUACUUGGUAUCCAAAGAACAGGAACGAGAAAGAUUGUCGUCGCCACCGGCCAAGUUGGAAGUCCGGCUUGAUGGUACAAGAACGCCCUCUGCUGAGGACAUUCAGGCGAUGCCGACCCCCCGCGCAAGCCCGCCGCCGCCGCCGCCUCCUCCUUCCUCAGGGAGAAAGCCUCUGCCAGAAGCAAAACAGAGCAAGCUCCCCUUUGGCGCCCCAAAGCCUCCUGCGCUGACCAAGGCGGGAAAGAUUGCCAAACCUCGUGGCAGAAAACCAAAGCAGCUUACCAAGGCUCCACAACCAGCGCCCAUAAAUGGUCUCUUGCAGACUUUCAAAGCCUCCAAAGUUGUGUCAGAUGCUGUCUCGGGCAAGAAACCGGGAACUCGUUCGCCGCUGCCGGAUCGCAAGCCUUUUAAAGAGGAGCCGAACCUGGUGGUCUCCCUGCCGUCUCCUAGCCACGAUGCCAAAGACCCCGGCGAGCAUCAGCCUGCCAGGUGA